GAAGACGCAACGAUAACCAAAGCGAUAUUUAGAAAUUGUUGUCAGUCAGUCGAAGCCUUAAGGCAAAACAUUUAACAGUGUUAUUUGAAUAAAAAUAAUCAAAGUAUGUCUGUAGUCCAGUAGUCGAUCAUGAUCGUUGUCACUCUGUUUGGUUUAGCAAUACUGCACACGGCUGCAACAAAAUGCAUUGCCGGAGAUAGUAUGUCGAAAUCAAAUUCAAAAAUAAAAUCUGGAGAAAAUUUCUACUUCGUCCAUGAUCCGUACGAUUGGAAUGAUUAUUUCCGUGAUUAUUUCACUAAUUUUCAACAAUUCACCGAAGAAUUCAUGAGCUCGAAUGAAAUCUAUAUCCAGCAAACUAUACAGGUUACGAACAACGUCGACAAAUUACACGAUUUUCUGAACUACUCUGUGCCUUGUGGUGUGCAGGGCACGAGUGAAUGGUCGAGGUCCGAUGGCAAUAGUCGAAUAGUCGGCGGUGUGGAUUCGAUACCAGGCGAGUUCCCGUGGCAGAUAUCGUUGCAAAUCGUCACCGGUAAGACGGCCAGACAUGUGUGUGGCGGAUCCGUAAUCAACGAAAACUGGGUGUUGACAGCAGCGCAUUGUGUGGUCGGCCUGUCGAAAAACGUUCUGUCCGUGGUGGCCGGGAAAAACGACCUUUACACGGUCGAGAAUUACGAGCAGAGAGUUAAUGUUGCGGGCAUACAUUUAAACGGGUUCGACAAGAGAUGGUUUUCCAGAGACAUCGCGUUGCUCAGGUUGUUACCGGCGUUGGUGUUCGACGGCAGUCACGUGUCUCCGAUUUGUAUUCCAAGACCGCAGACCCAAUUCGAAAAUGCUUUGGCGGUGGUCACGGGAUGGGGACGGUUGUCCGAGAACGGAGAAUUCGCGCACGUCCUGCAGAAAGUGCGAUUGCCACUGAUCGCGGUGGACGAUUGUCUGAACUUGUACAACCACGCCGGUUACGGAAAUUACGUCAGUCAGUGUGUGGUCUGCGGAGCGGGAACGCCAGAAUACGUGGCGGAUUCUUGUCAAGGCGAUUCCGGCGGCCCGUUGACUUGUCUGGCUGACGACAACCGUUUCUACCUGUGUGGUAUCGUCAGCUGGGGACUAGGCUGUGCCCAUCCGACCUAUCCUGGAGUCUACACCGCGGUGUCUUGUUACUCGGAUUGGAUAAGAGACACGGUCGCCAGCUAUCAUGAACAACCCAGCUACCCAUAUAAGCAUAACAUUUAGUACACACUUGACAUUUGCACGUUUUUUUUUUUCAUUAUAUUUAAUUAUGAUUAUUAUUAUUACUUAUAAGACGUGUUCGUGCGUUUAUUGUCGCGUAUUAUGCCUAUAAAAAUAUAAACGGUUCAUAUCAUAAUAUGUA